GUUUUCAGUUCCCCACCCGGACCCAAUGAAGUGGUGCACAAGAAGCAGGCAUGGCGUGCUUCGAUUUGAGGAAAGUGUGAUUGACAUUGAGGCGUCAGUCUGUCUGUCUUUAUGAACAAUUCUUCAUGAUGGCGAUUCGACUUGCGUGUCAGGUUCUUCAACGCCGCUUCACGUCGACCGCAGCGGCCGCACGUCUCCCAGGUGCAGAGGCCCGCAGCCAGCGCAAUGCAGUCUUCUCCAGAGAGCAAGCGAGGCAGCGAGGUCUGUACCCCCGUGUGGAAAAGAUCGAAGUGUCCAUGCAGGGACCGGGCUUGGAUGGCACUCUGCUCAUCAUGAACCGAGGGAUGUCUACGCCGCUUAGCUGCGCCAAGCAUCUGACAGAGUAUCAUGUGGCCAACUCUGUAUUGGCGUUGGUGGAUGGAGAACUGUGGCCUCUCCAUCAGCCGCUUACUCAUUCCUGCACGCUCUCGCUGCUCAUGUUUAAAGACAGUGACCCCACAUCGGUCAAUGAGGCUUAUUGGCGGUCCUGCACUGCGCUCCUUGGUCAGGUGCUGGAGACGGCAUUUAAGGACGAAUUCUCUGUGCAGUUGCUCAACACGCCAGAAGUGCCAGUUACUUCUGGAGCUUUCCUUUGUGAUGUGGUGCUGGACCCUGAGCUGGACUCUUGGACUCCCUCUGAGGAGUCAUUGCGGUCUCUGACGAAAGGAGCCCAGCAGCUCAUCUUGCAGGACCUGGCCUGGGAGCCUUUGGAGGUUUCUCCCACUGUGGCGCUAGAAGCCUUCUCACACAGCAGGUACACACAGGAAGAGGUGGAGCAGAAGGCGUCACAGAAUCCUAAAGGGACCGUCUUGCUUUACAGAUGUGGGGACCAUGUCAUGUUGAGUGGGGGCCCUCUGGUGGCCAGAACAGGCCUGUGCUCCCAGUACGAGGUGACGGCAGUCCACAGUUUGGGCCGAGGUCCUUGGGGCCUGCACCGCCGAGUGCAGGGCCUCUCCUUGCCUCUGCAGCUACAGGCCCACCACACUGUCUGGAGGAAACUGAGGCAGCGGGCAGAGAAACUGGUAGAUGUGCAGCCGCCUGAGAAAGUGACUCCGCCCCCUGCUGCUGUCCCCGCUCCUACUCCAUCUUCAGCCAGCCAGUAACACCUUAUCUGUAAUUCCACACACACACACACACACACAGUUACAAAUGUCCAAUAAAAGUGUCAAAAACC